GCGUCGUGAGCGGACGUGUCUUGCGUCUCACGGUGCGCACGAACUUUAUGUUACGUCACGAUAUAGCCUGAGGGUCGGAUUCCGUAGCUCGUUUAUAUUGAGUGUCCUCUCGGGGGUGGUAUAUUGGUUCAGUGAAGUUCGAUGAUUCUGGUAAGAUGGUGCGGCGGCGGGAAGCCAGGCGUGUUUCUUUCACGCAACUGUGCACCGCUUUAUUGUGGCUGCUCACCUGUUUUAACGAAUUAAACGCAGUGAAGAUAGUGAAGUUAGUAGUGCCAGAAAUAAUACAAUACGGUGUACAAGACGCUGUGAUCUUAGACUGUGAUUACACGUACGGGAACGACACGUCCGGGCUAGUGGUGAAGUGGUUCUUUAGGAACAAAGCGAGGCCGGUGUACCAAUGGAUUGUGUCACAGAAGCCGCAGGAUAUGGGUAUAUUGAGAGGUCGAGUCGAUUUAACCUACAGAGCAUCGAACGAUCCAUUAAAAAUGCACAGAGCACUCCGCAUAGUGAAACCGAACACAGACAUUUCUGGUGAUUACACUUGUGUUGUGUCCACUUUCAUGGAGGAAGACUCGAGGACCAAGCAAAUGGUUGUUUUUGUGCCGGAGACAAACUUCCGUCUCAUCCAGAACAAAACGGACGAUGAUACUGUCAACGUCAUAUGCGCUGCGGACGGCGCCUUUCCGGCACCAAACCUGACACUCGCCACGCCUGAGAGGCGACUGGAUGGCGUGUCCCAUGACCUCAAGUUGGUGAAUGGCAGAUAUUCAACAGUGGCGUCUGUGACGUUACUAGACGCGGACCUUCCUUCGCCUGCCGAGUUUAUCUGCACACUACGAAUACCAUUAGCGAAAUAUGCAGUGAGAAAAGAAGCUAUUUAUUACCCAGGGCCUAUCAGUACUACUCCAGAAAUGCCGACGGCUGCCGACAUGCAACUGGCUGCAGCUGUAGGUUCAAAAGGGGCGAGUACCUACAUAGCUAUGACACUGGUGCUGCUACCUGCAUUGGCGCAGUUGAUACUCUGUUAAAUGACUAUGUGCAAGGCGACAUCGAGCGCACCGAGUGACGUAGCAAGUGGCACCGCAGCUGUUCUAGUCAUAACGCCCAAAGCUCGCACCAUCCCUCACUACACAAUGGUGACAUGUGAUCUAUCCCUAACACCCGUAACACACAGCCGCCAAAGCGAAAUCAAAGCUAUAAACACAAAGACUCUAAAACAUAACACAGAUUCUUGUUGGAAAACUGUUUAGUAAAAAGGCUCACUUGGCUAUGAUUUUAACAGUUUCAACUUAGUUCUGACUUCGCUUUCGCUGUUGUGUGUUACAGUUACAUUCGGCUUUUUGUGUAUCUUAUACGAGAAACAAUAAUUGCGUGUUAAAUACUGAAUUAUAGAUAUGUAAAUGUACAGCUCUAUGAAUUUUCAUAUUUCAGAAUAUUUUUCUUAACGUGAAAUAAACGGUAGUGUUAAAUUGUAAAUAUUGUCUUUUAUAUUUAUUGUGUACAGGCAUCUCGGUGGAAUAGAACUUUGCAAAUUUUUGGCCUAAGGUUGAUUAUUUUUAGUUAACAUUGAUGUGUUAAUUAGAUUAUAAUAAAGUUAUUUUAAUCGUAAACGUAAUAGCACUGUUGCUAAAUUGUUUUUAAAACAUAGUUAUUUCAAAAUGUAAUUGUAUGUCGCCAAACAAGUAAUAAUUGCAAUUAUGUUUAAAACAUUUUGUUAAAAUUAUAUUAGAAUAAAUGUUUUUAAAACAAAUUUCAUGCAAUAGCUUUUCACAUAAUUAAAUCGUAUUUAAAUUAUUUCUCGGCAAUAUAUUUGUAUAAAAUCUAGACAAUUCUUUAUAUUUUAUUGAGGGAUGCUCCCUAUAUUAACAGGGUAUCGCAUUUUCUUUUGUCUUAAGUUACGCGUCACGGUUCUAUAUGAAUUUAUUGACAAUAUUAUGUAAAUCUAAAUUUAGGAAUUGCCCUUAUUCUGUAAAAUUUAUCUGUCGCAUCAUUCGCUGUGUAAUUUUCUUUUUAAUGUUAUAUAAUAACGCUUCGAGCAAAUAGAAACAUUAGAGCAUACCUAUAUUCACGAAUAAGGGCUCAUGUAAAUAUUUGUAUGGAAUUUGUAUGUACUGUAAGAUUUCUUUCGUGUAAAGGAAAUUAAUAGCGCAUUUGCUGUGCAUACCGCCGUUUAUGGAUACGAUCCAAUAAAGACUUUAUUGUGAAAAAUUCUUAACAUUAAUAAAAACGGACGU